AUGGGGACCUCCACCAGGACCCUGUGCUUUCUGCUGCUGGGACUACUGCUCACGUCCUUCCCAGGGGCGCUGGGUACCAACCCUGGCCUGGUCGUCAGGAUCACAGACAAGGGCCUAGACCUGGACAUCCGUAGCUGUGAGUUGCGGAGCUCUGCUUUGACACCCCUCUCUGGCCAGGGCCUGAGUUUGUCCAUCUCUGACUCCUUCAUCCAGCUCCAGGGCAAGUGGAAGGUGCGCAAGUCAUUCGUGAAACUGCAGGGCUCCUUUGACGUGCAGGUCAAGGACAUCACCAUUUCGGUCAACCUCGUCUUGGGCAGUGAGCCCUCAGGGAGGCCCACGGUUAUGGCCUUCAACUGCAGCAGCAAUAUCCGUGAUGUAGAGGUGGACAUUUCAGGACGUUUGGGGUGGCUGCUGAAUCUCUUUCACAACAAGAUCGAGUCGAAUUUCCAAAAAAUAUUGGAGACCGAGAUUUGCAAAAUGGUCCAGAAAUCAGUGACCUCUGACCUACAGCCUUAUCUCCAAACUCUGCCAGUCACCACGAAGAUUGGCAGUUUUGCUGGCAUUGAUUACAGUUUAAUGGAGGCCCCUCAGGCAACAGCCCAAAUGCUGGAUGUGAUGUUGAAGGCUGAAAUUUUUAACCGUGAUCACCGCUCUCCAGUUGACUUCCUUGCUCCUGUCAUGAGCCUUCCUGAGGAACACAAUCGAAUGGUGUACUUUGCUAUCUCUGAUUACGUCUUCAACACAGCCAGCCUAGUAUAUCACAAGGCAGGGUACCUGAAUUUCAACAUCACAGAUGACAUGGUUCCACCCACAUCUAACAUCCGACUGACUACCAAGUCCUUCCGUGUCUUCGCGCCCCGGUUAGCCAGACAGUACCCCAACAUGAACUUGGAGCUCCAGGGAACAGUGGUCUCUGCCCCAUUCCUGAACUUCAGCCCUGGGAAUCUGUCCUUGGCCCCAGAGCUGGAGAUUGAGGCUUUUGUGCUCCUGCCCAGCUCCACCAGGGAGCCGGUCUUCCGGCUGGGUGUGGCCAGUAAUGUAUCCGCCAUGUUGACCGUCAACACCAGCAAAAUCACUGGGUUCCUGAAGCCAGAAAAGAUACAAGUGGAGCUGAAAGAAUCUAAAGUUGGAGUAUUCAAUGUGGAGAUGUUGGCGGCGCUGCUCAACUACUAUAUCCUCAACAUCCUCUAUCCAGAGGUCAAUGAGAAGUUGGCAAACGGGUUCCCUCUCCCUCUGCUAAAGCAUAUUCAGCUCUAUGACCCUGUUCUCCAGAUCCACAAGGAUUUCCUGUUCUUGGGUGCCAACAUCCAGUACAUGAGAGUUUGAGGGCAAGGAGAAAGACAGGUCUUGGAUAACACAGCUGGAUCAGCAAGUUGGAUUUCCAGAUGUGCAGGAUAUUCCUGGAGAUUCUGGGAGGAAGAAGACUUCUGUUCUCCACUCUGGGGACAAGGUCUGCUUGGCCUCUGUCCCCACACUCCUCCACUCUGGGAGGUGCAUCCACACCUUCUCUGACUCUGAACUUUACUUUCUCCACCAAAACAGACCAUCCUCCCCACUGGCCUGUAUGAUCUUCAAGGGCAGGCGCCAUCUUUUUUAUUCACCACCUGAUCCCUGUGCCUAGCAGAGUGCUGGCACAUAAUAGGUCCUCAAUAAAUAUUUACUGACUGGUUCAAUGAA